AUGAAUCCAUCAGCACUAAAUGAGCUCGAUGAUAAACGCAUCAAACACAUAAAGCCAUUAAUUCAACCUCAAAUUUUAAUGGAAGACUUUCCACUUACCUUCCAAGCAGCACAAAGCGUCAUAGUUGGUCGUUCUGCUGCUGAAAGCAUCAUAAAAGGUCAAGAUGACCGACUUCUUGUGAUAGUUGGUCCUUGUUCAGUUCAUGAUGUUCCUGCUGCUCUUGAAUACGCUGAAAGAUUAAAGGAAUAUUCAGUUAGUGCAAGUAGUGAAUUAGCUAUUAUCAUGCGAGUUUAUUUCGAAAAACCAAGAACCACAAAUCAAUUGGGAGUUCCAUGCGGAUGUGAAUUUCUUGAUACAAUCACACCACAAUACAUUGCAGAUCUAGUUUCCUGGGGUGCUAUUGGUGCAAGAACCACCGAAUCACAAGUGCAUCGCGAAUUAGCUUCAGGUUUAUCUGUACCUGUUGGUUUCAAAAAUGGCACUGAUGGAAAUAUAGUUGUAGCUGUUGAUGCUAUCAAAGCUGCUAGCGCUAAACAUAAUUUCUUAUCAGUCACAAAACAGGGAAUAAGCGCAAUAGUGGCAACAGAGGGAAAUGAUUGUUGUCAUGUAAUUUUAAGAGGUGGUGCACUUGGACCUAAUUAUUCAUCCGAGAAUAUAAAAAAUGUUGUAUCUAAAUUAGAAGCUGCAAAACUUGCUGCACGUGUAAUGAUCGACUGCAGUCAUGGCAAUAGUCAAAAGGUGUUCGGCAAACAAGUAGAUGUAGCUAAAGACAUUGUCGAGCAACUUAAAAAUUCACAUACAGGAUUCAAUAUAAUGGGUGUAAUGAUUGAAAGUAACUUGGUAGAAGGACGUCAAGACCUUCCACCAGAUGGAGAUGCAAAUCUUAUUUAUGGUCAAUCAAUAACAGAUGCAUGUAUUGGUUGGGAAACUACAGUUCAAGUUUUGGAUCUAUUACGUGAAGGUGUUCGUGCUAGAAGGGCACGUAAUGGUAAAGCU